AGGCAGUUGCCCUGGGUUACCUCCUUCAGAGAGAGGGUUGAGUUUGGUAUUGAGGUUCAUGCCUGUAAAGCGAAUGUUUGGUAUGUGGUAGCAGAUGCACUUAGUAGGAAAUCCUUGGUUGCUUUACGUGCUAUGAAUACUCGAUUAUCUGUAGCUAGUAAUGGUGCACUUGUGGCAGAGCUUGUGAUUAGACUUAGCCUACUUCAGCAAAUUCUAGAUGCACAAAAGGAUGAUGAGACUAUUGCCUUGUGGAAAGACUUAACCAGAGAGGGAAAGAAAAAGAGAUUUAUGAUUAAAAAUGACGACUGCUUGUACUUUGGGGACAGAAUUUGUGUGCCUAAAAGUUCAGAGUUGAGAAAGAGUAUCUUAAAGGAAGCUCAUAGUAGUCCAUAUGCUAUGCAUCCUGGCAGUAAUAAAAUGUAUCAGCAAGUUAAAGCAGAGCACCAGUUUCCUUCUGGUUUGUUACACCCUACUGCGAUUCCAGAGUGGAAAUGGGAUAAGGUUACAAUGGAUUUUGUGACUAGAUUGCCUUUAACUCCUAAAAAGAAAAAUGCUAUAUGGGUAAUAGUUGACAGACUAACUAAGUCAGCACACUUUCUUCCUGUUAGAACCGACUUCACCAUGGAGCAGUUUGCAGAGCUUUAUAUAGAUGAGAUAGUGAGAUUGCAUGGAGUUCCUUCAUCCAUCAUUUCAGAUAGAGAUCCGAGAUUUACUUCUAGAUUUUGGUUUUGGAAGAAGCUACAUGAGGCCCUGGCGCGGUACCAAGCAUUGAAUUUUCGCAAGCUUUUCAUCCUCAGACAGGAUGGGUUCAGUCAGAGCGGGUUAUUCAGAUUUUGA